AUGCCACACAUGUGUGCGGCGCAGUGUGUUGUUGUUCAUUCGCAGUUGUUUUAUGGAUAAAUACUAAUAUUAAUUAGAACCGGAUUCUGUAGAAAACUUGUCACUUUAUUAGUCUGUACUUAAUUAUUGGUUUCCAUGCGAAAUUGAAGCUACAAAACAAGUUUAUCUGUCGUUAAAAGUUUUUAACAUUAUCUUACAAUGAUAUCUUAUGAAAAUAAAUUAAUAUUAGCGCCUAUGGUGCGCAUAGGAACGUUACCCAUGCGUCUCUUGGCUCUACGAUACGGUGCUGAUUUGGUUUAUACAGAAGAAUUAAUUGAUUGGAAGUUUUUAAGAUCCAAACGUCAAUACAAUGAAAUAUUAAACACUGUGGAUUUCGUUGAUCAAACUGAUGGAACAAUUGUCUUUCGGACGUGUGAUGAAGAAAAAGAUAAAGUUAUACUGCAGCUGGGAACAUGCAGUGCAGAAAGAGCUUUAAAAGUAGCUAAAUUAGUGGAAAAAGAUGUGGCCGCCAUAGACAUAAAUAUGGGAUGUCCAAAAGAAUUCUCCAUAAAGGGAGGUAUGGGCGUCGCCCUUCUAGGACAACCAGAAAAAGCCCAUAAUAUUCUAGCUACUUUAGUUGAGAACUUAUCUAUACCUGUUACUUGUAAAAUAAGGAUACUCCAAACACCUGAAGAAACUUUGAAGCUUGUAGAAAAACUGGUGAGUUCAGGCAUUAAAGCUAUUGGAAUACAUGGCAGGACCAAGGACGAGCGGCCACAACAUGCAGUACAUACAGACAUUAUAAAGUAUAUUGCUGAAAGGAUAUCUAUUCCAGUUAUAGCAAAUGGGGGUUCUAAAGAAAUUGAAAAGCAUAAUGACAUAUACAAAUUCAAGGAAAUGACAGGAUGUUCAAGUGUCAUGAUUGCAAGAGCUGCUGAAUGGAACUGUUCCAUUUUCAGAAAAGAGGGAUUGCUACCAAUGGAUACUGUCAUUAAAGAAUAUCUCAAGCUUGCUGUUGACUUUGAUAAUUCACCUUCCAACACUAAAUAUUGUAUACAAAAUAUUUUAAGAGAAUUGCAAGAUACACCAAGAGGAAGGCAAUUUUUGGAUUGUCAAACACUAGAACAAAUAUGUUCCAUUUGGGAUUUGGGUGAGUACUGCCAAGAAAAGCAAUCAAGCUACCAGAAGAGGGGUAUACAAGGACGAUGGCAAGUGUGUCCACAUGAUCUGGAGCCACCUCAAAAGAAGAUGAAAUCAAUUGAUACUGAUCUUACUGAUGUUAUUGAAAUGAAAGUAUGUUUUGUUCGAGCUAACUUUAAUGACCUCAACUUGCCUAAGUCCAGACUUCAUGCAUGGGCAGGAAAGAAUGGACAGAAACUGCCAGUGUAUGAAACCCAGCAAGUGGAAAAGUUGUUUCGUACCAUUAUUACAUUCAAUGGCAAAAAGUACACAUCCUCAUUUUGGGAGAAAAACAAGAAAUUUGCUGAACAAGGUGCAGCUCUAGUCUGUUUAUUCCAUUUAGGAAUAGUUACAGAAGAAGAUUUAGUUAAGCUUGGCAGUAUAAUUAAAUGAGCUUUUAUACACAUA